AUGCAGGCUGUUCGUACGGCCCAGUGGGAAGCUGCUGCGACCCUGAUUUCGGCUGGUGCAAGGACAGACCUGCAGAAUUGCAAGAAGCGCACCGUGGCCGACUUCGCCAGACCUCUAUCAAUCCCGAGCUACUUGCAGAUGGGGUUGGACGGGGACCCAUCCGAAUGUCAGAGAGUGUCUUCCCUGGCGCUUGCGGACUGCUACUUAGAGAUGUAG